AUGUGUCUCUCCAUCGCCUCUCUACCUCCCUCACGUCUCCUCUCUCCCCCACCUGAGCUCUCUCCCUCCCUCACCUCGCUCUCCUCCUCCUUCAACUCUCCCUUCUCCUCUCUCUCCCCCACACUUAUCAUGUGUCUCUCCAUCUCCUCUCUACCUCCUUCACGUCUCCUCUCUCCCCCACCUGACCUCUCUCCCUCCCUCACCUUGCUCUCCUCCUCCUUCAACUCUCCCUUCUCCUCUCUCCCCCCCACACUUAUCAUGUGUCUCUCCAUCGCCUCUCUACCUCCCUCACGUCUCCUCUCUCCCCCACCUGAGCUCUCUCCCUCCCUCACCUUGCUCUCCUCCUCCUUCAACUCUCCCUUCUCCUCUCUCUCCCCCACACUUAUCAUGUGUCUCUCCAUCUCCUCUCUCCUCCUCCUUCAACUCUCCCUUCUCCUCUCUCCCCCCACACUUAUCAUGUGUCUCUCCAUCGCCUCUCUACCUCCCUCACGUCUCCUCUCUCCCCCACCUGAGCUCUCUCCCUCCCUCACCUCGCUCUCCUCCUCCUUCAACUCUCCCUUCUCCUCUCUCCCCCCACACUUAUCAUGUGUCCCCUCCAUCGCCUCUCUACCUCCCUCCCUUCUCCUCUCUCCCCCACACUUAUCAUGUGUCUCUCCAUCUCCUCUCUACCUCCUUCACGUCUCCUCUCUCCCCCACCUGACCUCUCUCCCUCCCUCACCUUGCUCUCCUCCUCCUUCAACUCUCCCUUCUCCUCUCUCCCCCCCACACUUAUCAUGUGUCUCUCCAUCGCCUCUCUACCUCCCUCACGUCUCCUCUCUCCCCCACCUGAGCUCUCUCCCUCCCUCACCUUGCUCUCCUCCUCCUUCAACUCUCCCUUCUCCUCUCUCUCCCCCACACUUAUCAUGUGUCUCUCCAUCUCCUCUCUCCUCCUCCUUCAACUCUCACUUCUCCUCUCUCUCCCCCACACUUAUGUGUCUCUCCAUCGCCUCUCUACCUCCCUCACGUCUCCUCUCUCCCCCACCUGAGCUCUCUCCCUCCCUCACCUCGCUCUCCCCCUCCUUCAACUCUCCCUUCUCCUCUCUCCCCCCACACUUAUCAUGUGUCCCUCCAUCGCCUCUCUACAUCCCUCCCUUCUCCUCUCCCCCCCCACACUUAUCAUGUGUCUCUCCAUCUCCUCUCUACCUCCUUCACGUCUCCUCUCUCCCCCACCUGACCUCUCUCCCUCCCUCACCUUGCUCUCCUCCUCCUUCAACUCUCCCUUCUCCUCUCUCCCCCCCACACUUAUCAUGUGUCUCUCCAUCGCCUCUCUACCUCCCUCACGUCUCCUCUCUCCCCCACCUGAGCUCUCUCCCUCCCUCACCUCGCUCUCCUCCUCCUUCAACUCUCCCUUCUCCUCUCUCCCCCCACACUUAUCAUGUGUCCCUCCAUCGCCUCUCUACCUCCCUCCCUUCUCCUCUCUCCCCCACACUUAUCAUGUGUCUCUCCAUCUCCUCUCUACCUCCUUCACGUCUCCUCUCUCCCCCACCUGACCUCUCUCCCUCCCUCACCUUGCUCUCCUCCUCCUUCAACUCUCCCUUCUCCUCUCUCCCCCCCACACUUAUCAUGUGUCUCUCCAUCGCCUCUCUACCUCCCUCACGUCUCCUCUCUCCCCCACUUGACCUCUCUCCCUCCCUCACCUUGCUCUCCUCCUCCUUCAACUCUCCCUUCUCCUCUCUCCCCCCCCACACUUAUGUGUCUCUCCAUCGCCUCUCUACCUCCCUCACGUCUCCUCUCUCCCCCACUUGA